GUUUUACAGGAGAAGCUUGGUGUACAAAAUUUUCUCGGAUUGACAGCAACAGCUACUCUGUCGACAGCUUCGGAUGUUGCCCGUCAUUUAAAGAUUUCAGACUUCAGGAAAGCCACUGUUAGAGGUUCACCAAUUCCUAAAAACCUGAUUCUAUCUGUCUCUAGAGAUGAGGAUAGGGAACAUGCUUUGGUUGGUUUGCUGAAGGGGGAAAGAUUUGGAAAGCUGGAUUCAAUCAUUAUUUACUGUACUCGCCGUGACCAGACAGACAAAGUGGCCACAAUCAUAAGAACAUGUAUGAAUACUGGUGCUCCAACUGAGGUAGUCACCAAAGGACGUUCAAAACGACCGAAAUUAGAAUGGGACGCCGAGAGUUACCAUGCGGGUCUUACGCCAGCCCAGAGGAAACGCGUUCAAAAUAAUUUCAUGUCGGGAAAAUUACGUGUUGUUGUAGCUACAGUGGCAUUUGGAAUGGGACUUGAUAAAUCUGAUGUCAGAGGUGUUAUUCAUUAUAAUAUGCCGAAAAGUUUCGAGAGUUACGUUCAGGAAAUAGGACGUGCAGGAAGAGAUGGGGAGCGUGCUGAUUGCCAUGUGUUUCUUGACCCAGAGUACGUGGUUAUUCAGGUGCCUCUGUGGCAGGUUGUUAUGGUUGCAAACUUCCGAUCAUUUGCCCUGUACUGCUCUCAGGGUGCAUUGCAAAUUUCAUCAGGAGCCAAAUCAUUAAAAGAUAUGAAAGACAAGAUCAACAAGGAAGAGUGGCAUUCAAUGAACGCACCCCCAAACGAUCCAGCACUAAGGACCACUGGCAAGGAGCCAAGCAGGACACCAAACAAAAACUUGACAGGGCACAUGCCAAGCAAAGAUUACUUCUUUAAUGCUUCUAUGCCUCAUGCUACCCUGAACUUGAUCACUUAG